CUCUCGCCAUGAGGGUCUUCUCCGUCGGGUUGGUGACGGCGAUGCUGCUGUGCGCCUGGAGCGAUGCCAGUGCCAGGAUAGCACCGAAGAGCAGGUUUAUUGGAUUUCGUCAAGUGACACUGAACCCAGGUCAGGCACAGACUUACCCCAGUGGAGGUGUUGGUCCACGUCAGGUGACACUGAACCCAGGUCAGGCACAGACUUACCCCAGUGGUGGUGUUGGUCCGCGUCAGGUGACACUGAACCCUGGUCAGGCACAGACUUACCCCAGUGGAGGUGUUGGCCCUCGCAUGGCACCACAUUUUGAAAACAGAGCUGCAGUGGGAUGCGGUUCGUACUACGUCGCUCCAGGUUCUUCCAAGACAUUCCAGUCAAAGAACUACCCCAAUAACUACCCUGGGGGUAAGAAGUGCACCUGGAAAUUCCGCACUUCUGCCGACUCCAAGUUGAGCAUCGAGUGUGAUGAUUUCCAGCUGCAACAGUCGAAAAACUGCAAAAAGGAUUUCUUCCGCGUCACAGAUUCCUCUGGUUUUAAGAAAAAGUACUGCGGUGUCAAGGAUUCUCUGACUGUGUCUGAUAAAUCUAGGAAAGUUACUGUCUUGUUCAAAACAAACAAGAAGAAAUCUAAUACAGGAUUUUCCUGCUCUGUCAGAGCUUCAGUGCCAGACUCCCAAACAACAACUGUAGACCCUGAGCCAACUUCAGAAUGCACUGGAUGUGGACAAGUCAACCGUGCCAACCGCAUUGUUGGUGGAGUAGAGACGGAGGUGAACGAAUAUCCCUGGAUGGUUUCUCUUGUCGACGGCAGUGGAUACUAUCACUUCUGUGGCGGUUCUAUCAUCUCCAGCCAAUGGGUCGUCACUGCAGCUCACUGUGCAGUAGGCAUGACCACCUCAGAUUAUGUGCUGGUGGGAGACCACGACCUCUUCUCCUCAAACGAAGCCAAUUCUCAGUGGAUGGAGAUUGCUGAAAUUGUGAAUCAUCCGUCCUAUGAUUCCAAUACACUGGACAACGACAUUGCCCUCAUCAGACUCAAGACAGAGAUCCAGUUCCCAUCUGACAACAAAAUCGCCCCUGUCUGCCUUCCAACUGCUGGUGAAAUGUAUGAUAGUGUGGAUGCCACAAUCACAGGAUGGGGAGCUCAACAGGAGGGAGGAUCCACAUCGGGCACCUUGUUCGAAGUAACAGUGCCCACCAUGACAAACACCGAAUGCAAUACCAAGUACGGAGGAAGCAUCACUGACAACAUGAUCUGCGCAGGCAUUCCUGAGGGAGGCAAGGACUCCUGCCAGGGAGACUCUGGUGGACCAAUGGUGGUGGAAGAAAACGGCAAGUGGAAGCUGGUGGGAGUUGUGUCGUGGGGUUAUGGCUGUGCUCGACCUGAAAGGCCCGGAGUCUACGCCAGAGUUACCCAAUAUUUGCAAUGGAUUUCUGACUCAACAACCGGAGUCUGUGUCGAUGGGAACACACCUGCUCCUACAAAUGCCCCGACGACUGCCCCUACUACUGCCCCGACGCCUGCCCUACUACUGCCCCACGCCUGCCCCAACUUCUGAUCCUAAUACUGAUUGCCCUGGAUGUGGACAAGUCAACCGUGCCAACCGCAUUGUUGGUGGAGUAGAGACGGAGGUGAACGAAUAUCCCUGGAUGGUUUCUCUUGUCGACGGCAGUGGAUACUAUCACUUCUGUGGCGGUUCUAUCAUCUCCAGCCAAUG